CUUUCAUAUAUUUUGCAAAGUAAGAAACUAGCUUGACGGAAACAAACAUCUUUAUAUAUAUCUUAUCAUAUCACAGACGUGUGGUAUCAAGAAGUGGCGUUUUAGUAACAAACAAUGUAAACAAUUGAAUAUCAUUUUAAUAAAUUGUUAUUUAAAAAAUGUCUUCGCAUACUAUACCGAUAGUCGAAGAAUUAGCUAAGGACUACGCAAAUUAUUUAAAACUAGAUUUAUCCAGUCAAAUGAAUAAUUUUCAUGAUGCAAUCGAAGAUGUAAUGAUGCGUUUAGAAGAGUUUCAGUCAAUUAUUGAAAUGGUUCAGUCUGAAAAUAGUCAAUGUAUUGAUCAACAUAUCCCAAAACUACAAGACAUGCAACAAGAGGUCAUAAAUCUUAGCAGACGAAUAGAUGCUUUAGAACAUGUUAUUGCAAUGAUUAAUGUAAAUCUAACAACAUUAGAAGCUGCCGUUGAUAAUGCAGAAGCUGAAUUAGGAAUCUCUGAUAGAUUAUUUGGAAUGUUGAAUCGUUUAUCUUUCUUUAAAAAAACUCAAGAACCUGUGGUACCUAAUAAAUUAUCAGUGUACGAGCCUCCAACAAUUUAUAGAACCAAUGACUAUUUUAAGAGUGAAUGAAUAAAAUACUUUAUUUUAUAGAGACA